ACUACCACUUGCCUUUUCUUUACCCUUACGUGGUGCCUUCGGCCUCUGCUCCUCUUGGUCACUCAGAUCAGGGUUUAGAGAGCAGCUCCUCCUGGCCGUGUCACAUGACCCCUUUUAGUGUGGCACCUUAGGUGACUGUCUACCUUCCCUAAGCUCCAGGCACUGAGUUACUGGUCUGAUUCCCUCCCCCUCAAUCUGAUGCAGGGCAGCAGCAAUGAGGUGUCUCCUGCAUUCACCAGUGCUGCAGGCUGAGAGCAGGGAAGGUGAGCAUUGCCAUAACCUGCACUGCCUUUGUGUCCAGCUCACCGCCCUCAGGCACAUGGCUGUAUGAUCUGCAGUUGCUGAUCAACUCCUGGUUUUUAAGGUUAAGGAAGAAAGGUGAAGAAGAAAAAAAUGGUGUACUGCUUUAAAGGAGGAACAUGCAUCUGGCAAAAUUUUGAGAAGGCUCAAGGCGUUAAAGAAAGCUCAUCUAAAUAAAGGAGGGUUAACGUGACAUUGCAGUUACUUAAUCCUGUAUUGUCCUGCCAUGUGACUGCGGGAUACUGAAGUGCAGCGUUUCUUUUGCCUGCUGCACAGAUUAUGGUUUUCUUGUCAUCCCUUAGGGUCAGUUGCUUUGUUAAACCUGCAAUGGGAAGGAAACAGAGGGGCAGCAAACUUUUUACAGCAAGGCUUCAAGGUACAGUGAUAUUUCCAAGACACUCUGACAAGCUCACAGGCUGAAGAAUGAAUCCAAGGCAAACCCUGCUUUCAGCUUUUGGACUGGUACCAGACUCAAGGAGAACUAUCCUGUUAAAGUCAGCUAUUCAAAAUGAACUGGAAACAUCUGGAUUUAUUCAGAGCAGUUUAUCAGCUAUUUGUUUGACUUCUAUCAAGUUUAGUUUUCAGAGCAGCAAGCUAAAGCCUGAAAAUUUGUGUCAAAUGUCUUGCAUGUGUCAAAUGUACUGCAUAGUAGCAGCAACUUGCUGCUUUCUUGCACCAAGUUUACAGUUUUAAUUGCAAAGCUUCAUUUAUCUUGUAGAUUAAGAUCCUGAUGUAUUAAAUCCAUUAGUGAGAGAUGGAUGUAAACAGCUUCCAGUUUUAUGUUUGAUUUCAAACAGAACUGCAAUAUGUUGAUGUGCCAGAUUUGCUUCUGAAGUGAUUCCAAACUAAUCCUUGGACUGUCAGUAAGCUGCUUUUUUUUUGCUAAGUUUGUCACAGUGUUCAUGAUGUGCAGGACUGCAUAUUCAUACAGAAUCAUUUAAUUUAAACUCCUUAUUGGAACAUCUUGUUUAAAUGGGGAAGUGACUACCCUAGACUAUGACAACAGGAUAUAUGAAUGGAGGAAGUCUUGGAAAACGUUGCUAUUCCAGGUGGCAUCGUGUGGACAGUGGAGAAGACGAUGGGCACCCAGAGUGCUAUGGAGGAGAGGAAGAGGGCAGGGAGCACAGGAUGACCCCAUUUGAGAAACUAAUGCAUGACAUGUCCCAGAAUGAAAAAGUGGUGAGAGAAUUAACCCUGGGAAAGAGAAUUGGCUUCUAUCGAGUCAGAGGAGAAAUAGGAAGUGGCAGUUUCUCACAAGUGAAGAUCGGAAUUCAUUCCCUAGUCAAAGAGAAAGUCGCAAUAAAGAUUUUGGACAAGACGAAGUUAGACCAGAAGACUCAACGCUUGCUGUCUCGUGAGAUAUCCAGCAUGGAAAAACUGCACCACCCAAAUAUCAUCAGACUGUAUGAAGUUGUGGAGACGCUCUCAAAACUGCACCUGGUGAUGGAGUAUGCAGGAGGUGGGGAGCUCUUCACUAAAAUCAGUACAGAAGGCAAGCUGCUAGAAACGGAAUGUAAAAUAAUCUUCUCCCAGAUUGUGUCUGCUGUGAAGCACAUGCAUGAGAAUAAUAUCAUUCACCGGGACUUAAAAGCAGAAAAUGUCUUCUACACAAGUAACACCUGCGUUAAGGUGGGAGACUUUGGAUUCAGCACAGUAAGUAAAAGAGAUGAAACUUUAAAUACUUUUUGUGGCUCUCCUCCUUACGCUGCCCCUGAACUCUUCCGAGAUGAAAACUAUAUUGGCAUUUACGUAGACAUCUGGGCACUGGGAAUCCUGUUAUACUUCAUGACAACGGGUAUUAUGCCAUUUCGGGCAGAUACAGUGGCCAAACUGAAAAAGUGCAUUCUUGAAGGGACAUACAGUUUGCCUUCCUGCCUCUCAGAAACUUGCCAGAAACUGAUAAAAGGAGUCCUUCAGCCAGUACCAACCAAACGAUACUCCGUCAAACUUAUCAUGAACAGUGAAUGGAUGCAAGGGAUACAGUACCCCAGACCUCUACAGCCCUUUAAACUGGAUCCGAGGUACUUAUCAGACAUCAGUGCACUCAAAGAGGAAGAUAUUGAAGUCAAAAAUAUUCUUGAAGAUCUGGGAAUCACAGAAGAGCACAUUCAAAACAACCGGGGAAGAGAUGCACGCAGCUCAGUAACAGGGGUCUACAGAAUCGUUCUGCACAAAGUUCAGAAGAAAAGGGCACUCGAAUGUGUUCCUAUCAUGUCCCAUUCAGACCCCAAAGAACAAGACCUGAGGGGAGGAAUCCAUUCUUACAGCAGGAUGAACACAUCCAAGCUGUGUUCUAUUCUAUAAACUGCACUGCAGGCUUUAUAAUUUGCAUAUUUAACAAAGGGUUUUAUUAACAAGUUCUGGCACCACAUUUUUUUGUAACUUUUGAAUAAACCAAGAAUGCCU